CAUUAACUCAGCUUGACCAAACUACAGACACGUUAUUUGAAACUAUUGAGUUAGAUUCAAGUACUAAAGUAAUAGUUAUUAAAAAAUUAAGGGUUACUGUACAAGCAAUCCAAGCAGUAUCAA